CCAUCGCAUCGCUCUCAAUCUUAUAAAAAAUAUAUAGAUUGUGACAUGGACUCCAUUUCGCCGGCAGCCCAGCGAAAGGUGACGCGAGAACUGUAUGCCUUAGAGCAAGACCCUCCAGAAGGCAUCCGUCUCAUUCUGAAUGAGGACUCCAUCACAGACAUUCAAGCCUGGAUUCAAGGUCCAGGAGGAACACCAUAUGAAGGCGGUGUUUUCAGGAUACGGAUCCAAUUGAGUGCAGACUUUCCAAACUCGCCCCCAAAAUGCUUCUUCGUCACCAAAAUAUUUCAUCCAAAUGUUUCAAAACAAGGCGACAUCUGUGUGAGCACACUCAAAAAGGAUUGGAAAAAGGAUUUGGGUCUUCGACAUAUCUUGCUGGUGAUCAAAUGCCUGUUGAUUGUUCCUAAUCCAGAGUCUGCAUUGAAUGAAGAAGCUGGACGUCAGUUAUUGGAGCGUUAUGAUGAUUAUGCAAAGCACGCUAGAUUAAUGACGAGUAUCCAUGCCAGAGGAAGAAACGAUAUUUUUAAACCUCUGUCGGCAUCUACAUCAACAGCCUCUAUUUCUUCUCCUUCUCCUUCAUCAACUUCAACUCUGUCAUCAGCCUCAUCAACAAAAUCAGUCUCUGGGGAAUCAAAUAAUACAACCUCAAACAUGUCCACAACCAUCAUCACCAGUAACAGUAUCAGCAAUGAUAGCAACACAGAUCUCGGUAUGUCUCAUGACCAUCAUAGUAAUAAUGAAAACCUUCCACAGUAUGAAAGAACUGUAGGGGCAACAGUAAAGACCAAGCAGGAAGAACAGUGGAAAUGCCUUUCCCAGGAAAGUCAUGAUAUGAAUACAUCAUCGGAUCAGACCCGUGCCACUAAAUCUCAGACUCAGGCUCAGUCAUCACAACCCGUUCAAGGAUCUGGUUGUAAUGGAACACCCUCUAUACCUAUCAAACGUAAACUGCCCCAAGAGGAUUGGUUAUUUGACCCUAUAGCCCCACAAAAACAUCAACAGAUGUUGGUCAGUCAUUCUAAUCCCAGCCUCAGUCCCGGCAUCAUCCCUAACCCUAAUUCCAGUCUAUCCGCUCGUCAGACGCUGCAAGGAUUAUCAGCAAGUCAUAACCAGUCUUCAUCUUCAUGGGCGAGCCCUAUGCUAAGGCACAUGCCAGGAUCUAUUAAACCUGAUACAAUGAGGGAACGAGCACUCGGUGGUAUUACCUCCGUCCGAACAUUGCAUGGUGUGACUUCCCUUGUGGACCCUAAAGGAGCUAUAGAUAGCCGGAAGCGAAGCUUACGACGGCUUUAAAAUCCAAAGCGAAAAUUGACUAUUACAGAAUACCAACAGUAAACAUUAAU